AUGAAAUUAAAAGAAUAUCGUAUUCCAAUGCCUUUAACACUUGAUGAAUAUCGUCCUGGUCAACAAUGGACUGAAAUUGAAUUACUUAAAGAAAGUUUACAAACCUAUUCAACAUGUAUAACAAUUUCUGAUAAUAUUCCGGAAGAAAAACGUUUAGAAAUAAUUCAUGAAAAACUUCCUUUAAGAUUACAAUCAACAAUAAACUCAUCAAUACAAAUGAAACAUAAAAAAUAUUAUAUUAAAGAUCAGAAAUCAAAAUUUUUUGAUUUCUUUAGUUUUAAAUCAAAAAUAGAUCUUGUUUUAGAUGAAUAUUCAUGGGAUAAUUGGCCAUAUACAUUAACAAUUAUUGAAAAUAUUGAAAAUUCUAUACGUAUUAUAAUACAAAGUUAUUAUAAAAAUAUAUCUCUAUCACAAAUGAAUCUUAACUCUCAAUUAUAUUUUUCACUUAAUGAUGAACAGAGAAAAUAUUUAAAAGAUUAUGAAAUAAUUAAUAUAUCAGAACGAUUUGAAGAUAAAAAAGAUUAUCGAAUUGAUGAAGAUCCAACAAGAAAUAUUUCAUUAAAAAAACCGAAUCUUUUACCAUUACAAUUUAAUACAAAAUGGUAUGAAAAUUUAUCAAAAAAUCAAUCAUUAAUGUGUGUUUAUAAAUUAAUUGAAUUAGUUAUAAUUGAUGAAGAAUCAUUUUUUACUAGAGCAACAAAUAAAAUUUUGUGGUCAUCAAUUCUUAAAACACAAAAGAUGCUUUAUCAUCGUUUUCAUCAAAAAAUGAUUUGUAAUAUCGAUAAAUGGAUUGAUAAAACAAUGGAAAAUAUUUAUGAAGAGGAAAAAUCGUUAGAGAAUUCAAUUAAAUAA